CCGCGUUCUGGCCAUCAACACUUAUACCUUGUCCACACUAAAAUUAAUCAAUUCUACCUGUCGCUCCUCCAACGUCACGAUAUGAUAACAUUCAUACCCAAAGUCUUUUGUUAAUCAUUUAUGGAAUAUAUCUGCCAGUUCAAUUCCUAAUAUCUUACCUGUCAAGCAACUGGCCUGUGCCAACUCGAUUUACCUUCCUCGAAUCCGAACCUAGGUACCUAAGGCUUGAGCUCGUCGCAGCUACAUCUUGUUACCGGUCCUAUGAAUCCGCCGUAGCAGACUCGAACACGCGUUCAGAUACUUCCAAACUAUGUAUCUGCCACGCGAUCUCAUAUCAAAACUCUACACUCACCUCCAGAACACCCGACAUCCCCUAUCACCCCCGGUCCUCAUUCUUGUCGCCCUUGAACCCGACGCUCUCUGUGCCUGUCGCAUUUUAACACGGCUUCUCAAACAUGAUUAUAUACCACACAAGAUUCACCCCGUGUCCGGAUAUGGAGACCUUGAACGCGUUGGCCAGGACCUCGUCGGUCCCAUGAUGGAGAGCCGUGGAGGGAGUGGAGGGGUUGUCGUGUGUCUUGGCGUAGGCGGUAUGGUGGACAUGGGAACUAUUUUAGGCCUCGAGACUGAAGGCGAAGGGUCGAGUUUCAGCGGUGUUGAAGUCUGGGUUAUAGACUCGCAUCGGCCGUGGAACCUUGGCAAUGUUUUCGGCGGAUAUCCACUCGAACCCACUUCCGGUGCCGUCACGAGCUACCAAGCCCGCGCCCCCAGUGGUGUAGCUUCAGGCCGAGUAGGCAACUCGUAUAAACCUGGAAAGGGUGGCAUUAUUGUAUUCGACGACGGUGACAUCGAAGAAGGGCUCAAAGCCGAACGAGACGCGUAUCUGGCGCUAAUUGACAUGCCUGAUAUUGAAGAUAAUGGCGAGCCGUAUGGGGAAAGUGAUUCUGAAAGUGAAGGUGAAGGUGAGGUAGAGGCAGAGGUCCACUCGCCACGUUCUGGUAAGAAGAGAAAGUCUUGGUCGGAUCGGGAUGAUGAGAGUAGCGGUGACGAGGAUGACCGACCUCGACAAAGGAGAAGGAGUAAUUCUUCUACCCCAAUUCCGGAGUCCCCGCAACGUCCGGCCCAGCGCGGACUGAUUUCAAUACGGGAUUCCGAUCUGAUCAGAUCGGACGACCUGGAAAAUCCGCCGUCUGCAGCCCAACCUCCUAAAGGCCCGUCAGCCCGCACCCUUCGGAGACGACUGCUACGAAUGCGGAAUGAGAACGAAGGCAUCCUUCGGAAGUACUACAGAAUGGGAUCUUCUUACUCGGAGCCUAUUAGUGCAAUGAUUUACUCUCUAGCAUCAGAGUUGGGCCGGGAAGACAAUGACUUGCUUUGGCUAACUAUCGUUGGCGUCACGUCCAUGGAACUUUAUGGUCGCUCUUCAGCCGGCUUAGCUGUCAUGGUCCGCGGUUCAGAUUCUAGACCGUCAAAUGGCUGGAUGGGCGUUCGUGGCGCCCGGAUACGACAACUCCUGCGGGACGAAGUGAGGCGCCUUAACCCACCGGAAAUGGGCAGACUCUCAGUGUCAGAUGGUGCUGGAAUUAUCCCUACCACAGCUCGAAACCCAGAGGACACGAGUAUUCGAUUAUCCCCCGAACCAAAAUUCCUACUGAUUAGACAUUGGAGCCUCUAUGAUAGUAUGCUACAUUCACCAUAUCUCUUCUCAAGACUGCGUAUUUGGAGCGAGAGCGGCAUCAAACGUUUACACAAGCUGCUUGCCAAAAUGGGCGUGAGCCUGGUCCAAUGCAAACAGAGCUAUACACACAUGGAUAUGAUGCUGAAAAAGGAGCUACGUACGAAGCUACUGAAGUAUGCAUCUUUAUAUAAUCUCGACGAUAUGGUACCUGCGGUGGAAACAGAUGUCAGGGAUCGAGCAGGGGCCAAGGACGGAUGGGGGUUUGUCCGGAGCUGGGGUUGGCGAGCCACGCUCAGCGCUCAAGACGUCGGGGUGAUCAUUGGCGCUUUGCUUGAGGUAGGCAAACAUAAUACGGUGGCCGGUGAGGAUAGCCGCUCCCGAGCAAGUCAAAUACAGGACCUCGAAGAUGAAGGUGGAGUGGCCGAGACCCAGGAAUGGGUUAGUCGCUUUUGGGGAGCGUAUGAUGCUCUUGAAAACAUCGAUGCUCUAAAAGCUGGCCUUCCCACAGCGAAAGAACUUCAUCGCGCUAUCUUUCGAACGGGAACCACACUGAUUGGCAAAAGACAAAUAAAGCAUUUACAUGCUUUCCGUCUUUGCGUUAUCAAAGACGGACCGGACGUUCCUCUGUUUACACACCCCGCAGCGCUUACGAAGCUCGCUCUUUGGGUUGGUGAGGCCCUUGCUGAGCAGGAAAAAGAUGCCAAUGGGAAACUGGCACAUGGCGGACGCGGUACACCGCUCGUUGUAGCAAGUUUAAACGAGAAGCGAGGUGUCUAUGUUGUGGUUGGUACCGGUGGCGGCGGCGGACCCGAUCUAGCGUUCCUAGAUAAGGAAGCAGCCAAAAAGAAACAAGCUGCUAAGGAAGCCAAGCUUAAGGAACGGGAACAGAAGCAACGGAUCAGGGAAAAGAUCAAGGAAGAGAAACGCGCUGCAAGGGCCGCAGCUGGCGACGACGAUGACGAGGAAGAAACAGAAUCCGAAGACAGCGAUGGAUCAGACUCGGAUUCAGAGGACGAAGUUGAAGAGCAUAAAGACCGUGGCUAUGGACUGAACAAGUUCGGCACCGCCUUCCAGGAUGUGGUUAACGAGACAAACGCCCGCGUGCGAAUCGACAGCUUUGAGCACUGCGUGGUCGAGGUUCGGAAGGAUGACCUCGGCGGGUUCCUCGAGAGCCUAAGCCAAAAGACCGUCGUCGGAUGAUUCUUCACGACAGUCUUUCAAUCUACCAUGAUACUCCAGAGCGUUGGCGCGAGACUUAGCGUUCUACUUAAUAAGCUACGAAAUAUGUGCCACUUUUUUGUCCGCUGAAGAUACCUCAUGAGAAGCGAUAUGGGCGUCUGCUAUAUAGCAUGGUGGAGCUUGGACGAUGCAUGAACGACGGACGGGAUAUUGGGCUGGCGUUUGGUUCCGACUUUGUAAAUACUCCGCCGAGCUGUGAGUUAGGGGGUGGUUCAUUCAAUUAUUUGAUACAUACCUAGGUACAUAUCAUCAUCGUGGAAUAUAUGCAUACAUCAUCGAACAUAAACGGGUCUUUCACUGCUAGAGGUGUUCAAUAGUCUAUAUAAUAUAGUCGUAUCAGUCUG